CAUAAACAUGUAGAUUGCGCGUAUCAUAACGAUUCAAGUUAGAGGAGUGCGCGCGCUUACGCAUUUCUCAUACAACUGACGCAACGGAAUGCAGUACGCAGAACGCAUGGUGGAGAGGUAACGAGAUCGUCGGUUAGAAGGUAUAUGCGACCGCGGGAAUCAAUAAACUCCCGGUUGUACGCGCUUCGAGACUUUGAGCGAAGGCACGUGAAAUAGAAAGGAAAAUGGGACGCGCGACCGGUUGGUUGGUCGGAGAAGGAGAGAGGCAAAAGGGAGCAACAAGGGUAGGACGAGAUAAUGAAUGAGAAGAGGGAUGGAAGGUGAGAGAAGGGAUGGUGAGAAUAGGUCGCACGUACGUGGGUGUACAUUGACGGGAGAGAGAUAGGAGGAUGUGAGCGAGAAAAAGGACAUCAUCGUUGGUCGUCAUUUUAGUGACCCAUUGUAUCUGGUGCAUCGAGGGAAAGAAUAUGAGAAAUAGGGAUUGGAAAACGGCCGGGCCUCACGAUAGAGCAAGAUAUAGACAGGAGAAAUUGGUGAAAUUGAAAAUAUAUGCGCACGCGUGCCUGAGUGCCCGUUCAACAGAGGGAGAGAACGAGAAUGGGAGCAGCGAGUGAGUAGAGAGUCACAGAGGGGAAGGACGUAGUGUGAAAAGCCGAAGAGGAAGGGGCAGAAGAUAGGCCGGAACUUCAGACGUCCCACGGACCUGCCCGAGUCGCUCUCUUUCUCUCUCUCUUUCUCACUAUCUCUCUCUCUCUCGUUUCCUCCCUUUAAGUUCCGCACGUUUUUUUCGCACUUGUCAUUUCUCCCCGUUAGUUAGGCCAUCCUCUUACCGUGUGAGCUUCGUACAACUUGUGACCUUUGACAGUGAAGAUCCAGGAUGGCCCACGCCGCAUCUGACGAUGUCAACGAGAAGAGCUACAUCCUGGAGGCGGCGAAGAAGAAUUUUGAGGACGGUGGUAGUCUUGGUUCGGAGGAAUCUUAUGAUGACAUGAGACGACUAGUCGGGGAGGAGGAGGAGGAGGAGGAAUCCGGCAAAUUUAGCAGUCUACCGCUAGCAAGUUUCAAUUUCAUUAAUUCUAUCAUCGGUAGCGGUGUUAUUGGAAUACCGUAUGCUCUACACCAAGCCGGCUUCGGUCUCGGCAUCGGUCUACUAAUUUUGGUGGCAGGACUGACCGACUACUCGUUGAUUCUCAUGGUACGGAGCGGACAUAUUUGCGGCGAGAUGAGCUACCAGGGUCUGAUGCGAGCGAGUUUCGGUCGCGCCGGGUUCUAUAUUCUUACGGCGUUGCAGUUUAUCUACCCGUUUAUAGCUAUGGUCUCUUAUAAUGUCGUCGUCGGCGACACGGUGACAAAGGUCCUGAUAAGAGUAACGGGUAUGCACGAGACGAAUAUUUUGGCGCAUCGACAAGUUGUUAUCCUGUUGGCGACUAUCUGCAUCACCAUUCCACUUUGUCUCUAUAGAAACGUAGCGCGGUUAGCAAAAAUCUCGUUCCUCUCGUUGGUCUGCGUCGGAUUCAUCCUCCUCGCGAUCCUUAUUCGGAUGGACACCAUGUCUGCUGUAGUUCCUAGUCGGGCCGAUAGCUGGAGAUUUGCUAAUUUGCCGGGGGUCGUUCCAGCCGUCGGUAUAAUGGCGUUCGCGUUUAUGUGCCACCACAAUACCUUCUUGAUUUACGGUUCGAUCGAGAGAGCCACGCAACAAAAGUGGGAUGUGGUGACGCAUUGGUCCCUGUUCACAUCCUUCGUGAUCGCUGCAACUUUCGGAAUCGUCGGCUAUGCUACCUUCACGUCGUACGUUCAGGGUGAUCUCAUGGAGAAUUACUGCUGGAACGAUGACCUGAUGAACUUCGCUAGAGUCAUGUUCAGCGGUACCAUAUUGCUCACGUUUCCGAUCGAAUGUUUCGUCACACGUGAGGUAAUCAUGACGGCGAUCAAGGGCACGGAUGAGUUGGAAGAACAUGAAGCUUACAUACCUAACUCGGAUCGCAAGUACCUGAUAAUCACUUUAACGAUAGUGUCCGUGGCUUACCUGAUCUCGAUGUUAACGGAUUGCCUGGGCGUCGUCCUCGAGCUGAACGGUAUUCUCGCGGCCGUACCACUUGCCUACAUUUUACCUGGUCUGUGCUACCUCAAGCUCGAAGAAGGGCCCAUUUUGUCGUCCAAAAAGCUGCCGGCGCUUGGCUUGAUGACUGCCGGCAUUCUGGCCGCGAUUUCAGGUCUCCUAUUGAUUAUAAUUAACAGCAGUUCUACCGGCUCUUGUUUCCAUGGCAAGAUAAUGCCGUAUUGUGUCAGCAACACGACGACCACAACGCCCACCAAUCUCAUCUUUACCAGCACGGAGUCUGGAUUGUAAGUUUCCGUUGAUGGACGAGCUUGGUGUCUCCUUCAGCUAAUCGUAAGUCAGCCAAAUCUUAAAUGAAAGUAUAGCGUGAGUUAAAUCCGCGAUACAAAUACACAGGAAUUAAUUUAAAUCGAAAUUAAUUAAUUAAGAUCGAUGAAGCUAAGAUAGUCGACGAUAUCCGUUCAAAGAUAAAGAAUAAGCGAAAGUAGAAUAAUAGUACAUAUAUAACAAUACCGAUGAUAAAUCGGGGUUCUCUCGACAUUGACUAUUCUGACCCGACAUAUUUGACACAUGUAACUAUUUUAAAUGCGCACCGAAACAAGAUUUUAUACCCAGCUUACGAACACUGUUUCUAUUAAAAAAUCGCCCAAACGAGAUAGAAUUUUACUCUGGGAAAAGAUAUAUCGUUCAAACACGAAGGAAUCAUUAUGUCAUGGAAAGUGGCAUCGCGUGAAACUAUUCAAAAACCGGUUUUCAAGAGAAUAACGACUAUCUUACAUUGUAGUAUGUUUUGAAAAACGGGUUUUACGUUAUGAAGACAUCUUGUUGACAUUGACGAGAAUAGGUUUCAAUAGAAACAUUGAAAGCACAUUGUUACAUUUACCACUACAUUCAUUUUUUACGCGAGAGAAAUUACCAUAAAAAAAGUCCGUAGAAAAUUGUCUUUUUACGCAAGAUAUAAAUUUACAGAGAAAAAUGCUGGGAUUUAUGUUAACGAUCUGAGGAGUUAUAUUAAAAAGCGUAUCUUUCGGGUGCACGACAUUAUUGGAAAUUUGAACGCAAGUUUGCUGCAAUAGAGAAAACAGUGCAAUAUAGGAUUCGGCUUAUGUUAGCGAGAAAUCUGAAGAUUGGCAAUAGAUUUACGACCAUUUGUUCCGCCACUUAGUCGAGUGACCUAGAUCCUCCGAUGUUUAUCACGCGCAAAUUCACUAAUUUGCGUCUGCGAUGAACUUAGGGAUCGGUAUAUAUAUAUACAUAUAUAUACGUAUAAAUGAAAGUGGCUAAUUGAUUAUUCUGCGACGCACAUUAUUAGAGGAAUACGGAAUCUUAACGUACCAAUCUGAUUAUUGAACUUACGAUAUAAUUAUUACUAAAUAUGGAAUAGCGACACUGUAGGGCUCCUACAUCGGUUCUCGAGUGAAGUUGUGGGCGGAGUUAACAGGAGAGAACUUUCGUGGUUACAGAAUGCGCGAAUUUCAAAGAGUAGUUCUUGUGAUUAGAGAUAAUUGUGACUAGAUAAUUAACGUAUAUAGAAUGCGCGUGAGCUAAAAUCUCAUUAUAUUUUUAAAGAAAACGACAGACAAAUGGUUUAUAAACGAGGAUAUAUAAAUAUAUAUGUAUAUGUGUAUGUACACAUAACAUAACGCGUACAUAUACUUACACACACGUACACACAAUGUUUGUAUUUUCUCUUGAUAAAGGACUAAUAUAUUGAACGUUGAAAGAGAGAGAGUAAAAGAUACAUAUUUGUUAAAUAUUUGCGAGUGUUGAAUGGAAUUAUUGUUAAUGAAUUGACAUCGCGUUACGUGAUCCUCGCGAUUAGUAUUAUCUUACUUAAAUUUUCGAUGUGCAUUGUGUUCGAUCUCUUAAAGGAAUCAAGGGAAGGAAAAUAUUCAUUUUUUAUUACUUCUACAAAUCUGAGACUGUACUUGAGACUACUUCUUGCACAACGUAAACAAGCUUCGGGAGCUCAACGUAUUGUUUUGCAAUGAGGAAAAAAUCAAAAUGUACACAAUAGAUUAAAGCAGAGAAUAAGCAGAGAAUAAGCAGAGAGUGGGAGAAUAAUUGCAUAAAUAUCUUCCGUGCUGGUACAAUCAACACUCGGAUUGUGUGUUCUUCAGUAAAGUUCAGUUGAUUAAUAUUCUACGGAAGAUUUCAAAGUCAGGUAUCUUUUGGACUUAGAAGAAAAGAGCCAAAGAAUAAAGGAUCAAAAUAUCAUACAUAGCCACAGUGAAAACGACACAAUCACGAGGCGAAAGUAAAUUUCCGCUUCCUAAAUUACGCUUUACAUAAUUAACACUAAUCAAAGACCACAUAAAGAAAGUAUUUAUCGCGUAUGUUCACGUACCUAUAGUAUGUAAGAGAAAGAAUCAAAUAUGUUUACCUGUUAUACAUGCGUAUAUUUGAUGAAUAUAAUAGAGAAAAAAAGAUAAUGCCUAUUUAAGAUAAGAAGUUAUGAAGAGUCUAUAUAAAGUUGAGAUAUGUAUUGGAAAGCCUUUUGUCUCGAAAACGCGACGUCUAUCGCCUCGUAAACACACGACGCGAAUGAGACGCGAAUAAGACGCGAUAAGACAAAAGGACAAUAAUGUAUAUACUUAUAUUCAAUGAAAUAUAUGUAUAUACAUGAAUAUACUUGUACUUUUGAUGAAAACGAGACAAUGUUCACCUUCGACUUUCAAAUUAUAAUAUCUCCAAGCCAAGAAGAAUUCUCCACCUUCGACCACAAAAAAAACUAACUCUCUUCCUUUUUCCAAUCACUAAAAUAUUAAUUGACCAACGAUAAUAUAUGACAUCUUGAAGUGUUUAUCUUUUAAUUGUGAAAGUGUAAACAUCAGAAAAACAUUAAGUGAACGUACUCUUUUUCUUCUAAGAUACAGAUAUAUGCAACACAUACACUCAUGUCUGAUUUAGCGCGCGUACGCCAUUACGCACUACGUACACGCUUUCCCGUGUUUUCGUCGACAAUUGCCUUUGUAGAGGAGAAAUGUAUGUUUUAUCGAGCGGUGUGAGACAAGAAAUAUGUAUUUUGUCGAAGUUUAAACUUUAAGUUAAGUAACUGUUAUCGCGACGUACACGAGAGCGUAAGGGAAAUCCAUAUAUAUAUAUAUUUUCUUACAAGAAACUACUAUCAUACAUCGUCCUUGAUUAAAACUUACUUGAUUCAAGUUUCCUCUCUGGUUUCCUUUAAAUACUUGCUCAUAAUAGCGUAUAAAGGUUCGAUAAAUAUUACAUGGUUGUGAGUUCUAUGGUUGUUCUCGCCGUUACGCUAUAAUAAAAUAGCAUUAAGAUAAUCGUUAUUGAUUUAGGUAUCAAUGCAACGCGCGCACGUAAAUAUGACAAGAUACUAUACGAAAAGCUAUACAUUUUUAUAUGUUGUUCUCGUAACUAGAUACUUCAGAGAGAGAUUUCUGAUUUACCUUUCACUCUCGUGGGACACGAUGUGCUGUGUAAACGUACGAUCUACGAUGUCCGAACAAGAAGAUUGUGUAUAACUUCCCUGUGAUAUUGGUUUUAUGAAGUUCGUUCUUAUGAUAUCGUUUUAAUGGUUUAUCUACUUUUGUACAUUUGUUUCUACUUGUUUUCAUAAAUUUUUUAUCGCGCGGCUAAUUAGCAAAACUAUAACGACGCGACGAAUCUUUUACAUUAUUUGAAGCGCAUCAAAUUCGAUAAUUAUGUAUAUGUAAUUUUGCGAGGAGAAGGUUAAGCUGCAGUACGAGUCUGUUAAUCUGGUAAUAUAUUAGAAGCGUGCCAAAAACAAAUCGUGGCAAUUAGAAAGGAGGAUGCGUGUCCGGGGUGAAGUGUGUGCGUGCGGAGAUACGUAAUGUGUGUAUGUGUGUGCGCGUACGUACCUGCGUAAAAGCAAAAGCUAUGUAAGAGUCGUACUUUGUAAAUGGCGAUCUCGCGUUAUUGAAUUUUCGCGGGUCUUCCGACCAUAUUUAUUCUGUGAUAGUUACGCGUUUUACAAAGGGUGCGCGACUUUGCGACUUCACGUGAUGCACACGUAUACCCGUAAUGCUACGCUACACACAAAUAUAUGAUGUUAUAUAGGUUAA